AUGACUUCAACUGACCUUGAAUAUGUCCCAGUUGUGCUUAAAUUUAAAUCCAAACACUAUCCUCAAGUUGGUGUAUAUAUAAUUGGAAAGGCUGAUAAUCUAUUAACAUCUGUAGUUAGAGCAAGCAAUUGGCAAAGUAACCAAAGAUUGUUCGAGAAGAGAGGUGACUUCAUCAUCUUCUCGAUGACCUAUGCCGGUAUUCAUUUGGUAACUCAAGGUACAUCAAUCUAUGCAAAUGACGUUCUACAUCCAUAA